GAAGAGAGCUGUUAUAUUUGUGCCUGCUAGAGUUGGAAAUAACAGCUCAGAAGCUGAAAAGGGUUGAAUGGAUUUACAGAAGGGCUUUUUUGGCGAGUAAAUUCAUGGCAACACAGUAAUUUGAUUAGUACACGCUUUAGAAUUACUUUACACUCAAGCGAUGCCAAAGAUGUUAAAGUUAUCACCAGGCUGCUGGACAAAUAUGUGUUACACCACCAAGGUACUGAUCAAGACAAAUCUGUGACUCAGGAUUUUAUCUUGGGAAGAGCGCAAGGUGUACGAAGAACUCAGAAUAACGAGGGACGAUAACUCUGGGAACUACAAUGUGUCAGAAGAACAGCUCUUGCUAAUACAGCUCCCCACCAAAGACCUGGUUAUCUAAGGUUUAUAUAGGAAUGCCUAGGUCAGCUGACAAAAUACUGGUCUUCUGCUCCAUAAAUGCAGAAAAAACGAUAACAACAGUGGAAAAUUGGAAGUCUGAAUUUCAGCUUUCUUAGAAAUAACUGCAACCUGACACAUUCCAUAAUAUUUAAACAGGGUGGGGGGAGAGAAAUCACCAAAGAUGUUACGUUUAGAGAUGACAUUGACAUGAAGAAUAGGUAAAUUUUGUUUUUCAGCCACUGGGAAAGCAGACCUCGUAGGAACUCAGAACAAGUAGGAGAAAAAGAUUUUUUUUUUUAAUUUUUUUUUUUUUCCUUGUUCUUUUUCUUUUCAAAGAUGAACCUAACUGCGCUCAAAGCUUUCGUGGGCUUGCUCUGGAAUUGCUGGGUUCUGGUGGGUCACGCACAGGGAGGUUUAGGAGACAAUCAUGUCCAUUCGAGUUUUAUUUACAGGAGGCUGCGGAACCAUGAGAGAAGGGAGAUUCAGAGAGAGAUUCUCUCUAUCCUGGGUUUACCUCACAGACCCAGACCAUUUUCACCAGGAAAGCAGGCUUCUUCUGCACCCCUCUUCAUGCUGGACCUGUAUAAUGCCAUGACAAAUGAAGAGGACACUGAGGAGCUGGAGUAUUCACUGAAGGGAUCAAUGGCAGGGGAGAGCAGAGGGAUACGGAAAGGAUACCCUGCCUCUCCAAAUGGAUAUUCGCGGAGAAUACAAUUAUCUCGCAUGACCCCCCUGGCCACACAGAAUCCUCCCUUAGCCAGCCUGCACGACACCAACUUUCUGAAUGAUGCUGACAUGGUCAUGAGCUUUGUCAAUUUAGUUGAAAGGGACAAGGACUUCUCCCACCAGCGAAGGCACUACAAAGAGUUUCGCUUUGACCUUACCCAAAUCCCGCACGGCGAGGCAGUGACCGCAGCCGAGUUCCGGAUAUACAAAGACCGAAGCAACAGCCGCUUGGAGAACGAAACCAUUCAGAUUAGCAUAUACCAGAUCAUCAAGGAGUACCCAAACAGGGAUGCAGACUUGUUCCUGUUAGACACAAGAAAGGCUCAAGCUUCUGAUGUGGGCUGGUUUGUGUUUGACAUUACUGUGACCAGCAAUCACUGGGUGAUUAAUCCACAGAACAAUCUGGGCUUGCAACUCUGCGCUGAAACGGUGGACGGUCGAAGUAUCAAUGUUAAAUCUGCUGGCCUGAUUGGAAGGCAUGGGCCUCAGUCAAAGCAACCAUUCAUGGUUGCGUUCUUCAAGGCAAGUGAAGUGCUUUUCCGUUCUGUCCGAGCAGCCAACAAUAAAAGGAAAAAUCAGAACCGCAACAAAUCCAGUAGUCAUCAGGAGUCUUCUAGGAUGCCAAGUGUUGCGGAUUAUAACACAAGCGAGCAAAAGCAAGCAUGUAAGAAACACGAACUUUACGUGAGUUUCCGAGACUUAGGAUGGCAGGACUGGAUCAUUGCACCGGAGGGCUACGCUGCCUUUUACUGCGACGGAGAGUGUUCUUUCCCCCUCAAUGCCCACAUGAACGCGACAAACCACGCCAUUGUUCAGACUCUGGUUCACUUGAUGUUCCCUGAUCAUGUACCAAAGCCAUGCUGUGCACCAACAAAACUGAAUGCGAUCUCCGUGCUCUACUUUGAUGACAGUUCCAACGUUAUUUUAAAAAAAUACAGGAAUAUGGUGGUGCGUUCAUGUGGCUGCCACUAGAAUUAAAAAAAAA